CUUGUAGUAUGAGAACGUGACUGAUUCACGAGUUUGAUAAAUGAAUGGCUGGUAUUCCCUUAAAAGAUGUAUUGUGUGAAUAGUAUGAAAUUAGUGCGGUUUGGUUUGCCUGUAGUAAAGUUAAUAUUAGGUUAAAAGUUGGUUUGUCGUGAACUGAGCUUCCUAAACGUUUUUUCCCCUCCCAAAGAACGCUCUGUUGACUGACACCCAGGAGAGAUAAGUGCGUCUGGGCGUGUGGAUAGGGCCAUAUGCACCACGGAUUAUGGGAUAAAGAAGCAAGAAAACCAAGUUAUUUUCUGCUUGACACAGUCGUUUCGGCCUUUGGCUGAACAGCGUUGAACACCGGGAAUUCCACAUGCUUGCAUUUUUUUACAGUCUGAGCUGGAAUCUAGGAGCUAUUGUUGAAUGCAACCUAACCAGUACUGUUGUCACGUCAAGUGAUUGGACCCCAGGUUAUGCAGGUUUAGGGAAUAGUUUCACACCCCAAAGUCUUAAAUAAAUUAUAUAAAUUUGACUUCAAAACGUGACCGAGAUCUGGGGGGGAAAGAAAGGCACCAGUGCCUGCGGGAGCCUCAUGUCCUGACGUGUGUGUCUGCUGGCACGACGGAUGACCAGAGAGCCUACGAGUCCUGGUGCCGGACUGAUAGGGGAGAUUGGUGGACAAUGACAAUGCCAGAGCCAGCAUAUGAAACCAAAGAGAUCUGCAGUGUGACCCGGCUUCUAAUGUCCCCCUCGAGGCAAAACUCAGUCCCCACCCUGCCCUGUGCCCUGUUGCUGCCUAAAAACUACAGUGUGUUAAGUGCCUUCUGCACGGAGCAGAAUGUCAAUCAGUGCACCUCCUAUAUCAAUCAGGAGAUGGGCUCCCUGGGCCUGUGUGGCCUGAGUGUGGAGCUGUGUGCGGGGGGCGAGGGCCUGACGGCGGUGCCGGCCCUCAACCUGAUGUACGAGCUGCUGCAGGUUAACCGGCGCAGCCAGAGGGCCCUGGAAGAGCUGGAGAACCAGCACCUGAGGAGCACCAGCGACCUGGAGCACCUGCAGCACGGCCACACCAGACUCAAGGAUCAGUUGGAGUACAUCAGGAGGGAGAACUCGGGAUUGCAUGAAGGCGAGAGACAGCUGCAGCUCAAAAUCAAGACCUUGCAGAGCUGCCUCAAGUCCGAAAAAGAGGAAGUUCAGAAAUUACAGAGCAUCAUCUCAAGCCGUGCCACUCAAUACAAUCACGAUGCCAAGAGGAAGGAGAGAGAAUGCACCAAGCUAAAGGAGCGACUCAACCAGUUGCUGGUGGACAAGAGAGACAAGAAAUUAGUCAUUGAGGUGUCAAAUACCAUUGGGAGGUCAGAUGGGAAGAGAGGCCUUUGGAAGACUGGAAAGGCAGAAGCCAGACACGAGGGGGAAAUGUACACAGCUCUGCUGACGGAUUAUGAGGCCAGGCAGAGAUCCCUGAUGGUGGAGAACGCUGAGCUGAAGAAGGUGCUUCAGCAGAUGAAGAAGGACAUGGUGUCCAUUUUGAGUCCAAAGAAGCCUGUGGCCAAAGGAGCGGUCCCAGAGGACAGCUUAGAGCAGGUGGGCUCGGAUGCUGAAGCGGAGGAGGAGGAAGAGGAGGAGGUGUGCGAGUCCAGCCGGGAGAGCCUGGAGCAGUCGUGUGAACAGGCCCGCGAGCAGCUCACCAACAGCAUCCGCCUCCAGUGGAGGAGACUCAAGAACCACAUGGAGCGCCUGGACAGCCAAGCGUCCCUGGCGGCAAGUCAGGAGCGGGAGAGGGAUGGUGAGGAGCUCAUCUCCAGACGGGUCCACGAGGAGGAGCUCCAGCGUAUGAGGCUGGAGCUGCAGCAGUGCCGAGACUUUGUCCAGUCCCAGCAGCAACUCCUGCAGCAGCAGCUGAGCUCCCCCUGUGAUGAGGAGACAGCAGCCCUGCUUAACGACUGCUACACUCUGGAGGAGAAGGAGAGGCUCAAGGAGGAGUGGAGGCUGUUUGAGGAGCAGAAGAGGAACUUUGAGAAGGAGAGGAAGAGCUUCACUGACGCUGCCAUUCGCCUGGGUCAUGAGAGGAAAGCAUUUGAGGAUGACAGAGCAACAUGGAUGAAGAAUCAGUUUCUAAACAUGACUCCCUUUGUAGACCGAAAGAGGCCUGCCAAGUCUGCAUCAACCAGUGCCUCAUCACUUGGUGCCGAACCUGAGGCCAAGGUCAUCUCAACGCCCGCGCCCCUCACCAAAUCGCUCUCCUACUCUGCCUUCAACACGCCCAAAGCUCCCAUUGCCAGCAGAAUGCCCUCCACUGCUGACCUGUACCGCACAUUGCGCCUCCUCCCAGACAACAGCUGCACAAGCGGCUCAGGGAAGCGUGGCGGCCAGGUGGACUCCAGCAGUGUGCACAGCAGUGGGGAUCACUCCACAGCCAAGUCCCGGCAGCGCCCACCCGACUCCAGCCUCCGCAGCCACACUAAAGAUCUCCACAGCCCCACCUAGUGGCAGUCAGCCCUCAUAGCGCACACCAGAAACACCAAGCUGAAUUAGCCUGGUGACUGAAGAUGUAUGAAUGGGAUCCCACUGUCAGGGAAGUGAUAUUUGUUGUAGUGGAGAGGAGCUCAUUGACAAUCCAUAUUUUAGAAGCAUCACUGUACCUCAGUUAAACUGUUGCUGUAGUAGCCAAUGAUGGACCAUGUGUUAGAAAAGACACUCCAUGAUCCACUUUUCUCUUGCUGAGUCAUGACCACAUAUGAUGGCACCAUAACUCCUGCUGAGUCAUGACCACAAAUGAUGGCACCAUAACUCCAUUCUAUUGUAACACUUCGCAAUCCUGAUAGCACUUUAAAGAUGAUGCCAAUGUUUUCUCAACAUCUGAUUUUAUACAUAUAUAUAUAUUUUUUUUUUUUUGUCAUAGAAAAUGGUAGCCUCACAAGCUAGAUGCAAGUUUCUCAUAGCCUUACUGUAGAGUUGCGGAUAUUUUGUUAAUUGAUAGAGAUUUGAGAUUUAUUGUAGAUUUUAUGGACAUUGAAAUGUUAUAUUUACAAGCAGAGUAUCGGAACAAAAUUCUACUACGUGCAUAACGAGGAAUGUAGUCUGAAAGAGUCGUGUUUUUUUUGUGAUGAGCUGAUUUUUAUCAUCAGAGUUUAUGUUGUCAUUUUAAUGUUUUUGAAUUUUUACUGCACUUGAUGUGUACGAACAGAUCAUGAAUGUGUUUGUGGUAGAUCCACUCCUUGGGUUUGUAGGAGCCAAGUUUACGAAUAGGCUGCUAAGAUUCUGCAAUGCAAUAAAGGUUGGGUACUGUAAAGAA